AUGUUUGGAAUGUAUAAAGCAUCAAAUGCUGUUAAAAUAAGUAACAAAGAGGCAAAUAAAGCGGAAAUCAGUAACGAGGCGUUAAAAACAGACAGUUCUGUCUAUAUCGUUAAAAGCAUAAAAAAAAGAGCGCGCAACAUUAUUGAUCUAAAUGAAGGAGAACAAUAUGAGAGAGCAAAUAACAAAGACCGUAAUGGUGUUAACACUGAAAUUCAAAAUGUAAAUUAUGAAUCGGCAGGUGCCGCUGCUCUUUCCGUCUUGCCCACCGUCAAACUCUACCAUUAUCGAGUCAUCAUUUUCACCAUGGUUAACCAAAAAAGAGAAACCCAUUGUGAAGAUAACGAGAGUAAUGUGAACAAUAAGAACGAGCAAAUUAAUGAUGAACGUAAAGACGAUUGUGCUCAAACCGGCGGUUACCCGGACUACAGAAUCGGCGGCUUUUUAUCCUCAAGUAUAAUUGGCAAUUGCGAAAGUCAAGCUGCAAACUGUGCAGAAAACGGGAAUAUAUCUAGUCCGGCAAUUCAUUACCGUAAUAUAUCUGAUUUUCCUUGGACUGAUACUGGGGAACUCAAAGCGGGAGACGAUGAAUUUGAAAACUUGCAUGCAUGUAGACAGUAUAAAGCCGAAAGCCGCUUAUUUGACUGGUGGUGA